GUGAAAAGAGGGGCUGUGACUUGUGAGCCUCUGGACUGUUAGAUUAGACUGGCAGUUGAUGAGUUCGGAAAAAUUGCACUAAAAUAGUAGAUUUUUUAAAAAGUUUAGUCAUUUUUAUGCCCGAAAAAAAAAAGUUAGUUUAUUAUUUACUGUAGUUUCGAGAUCGAGAGAGAGAAGAGAGAGAAUCUCCGGUGUGCAUUUUCUGUACCAAAACGGUCUGUGAAAAAGGAACAGAUCAGAGUUAUCGUUGAUUUGAUUACUCUCCCCACUUUUCGUCUCCAAUCACAAACGAGAGAGAGAGAGAGAGAGAGUUAAUUGUCCAAACCCUAGAAAGCUUCAGAAAACAAUUCCAUGGCGUCGUCUCGCAGGCGUAUGCUCCUCAAGGUCAUCAUUCUUGGCGACAGCGGGGUAGGAAAGACCUCUCUCAUGAAUCAAUAUGUGAAUCGGAAGUUCAGCAACCAGUACAAAGCGACAAUUGGGGCUGAUUUCUUGACCAAAGAAGUCCAGUUUGAGGAUCGGCUUUUCACCUUGCAGAUAUGGGAUACAGCUGGACAGGAAAGAUUUCAGAGCCUUGGUGUCGCUUUUUACCGUGGUGCAGACUGUUGUGUUCUUGUUUAUGAUGUGAACGUCAUGAAAUCAUUUGAGAACCUCAACCAUUGGAGGGAGGAGUUUCUGAUUCAGGCCAGCCCAUCUGACCCGGAAAACUUUCCAUUUAUCGUACUGGGGAACAAGAUUGAUGUUGAUGGCGGUAAUAGCCGAGUGGUUUCUGAGAAGAAGGCAAGGGCAUGGUGUGCUUCCAAAGGAAACAUUCCUUACUUCGAAACUUCUGCAAAAGAAGGUUUCAAUGUAGAAGCCGCUUUCCAGUGCAUAGCCAGCAAUGCUCUAAAAAAUGAACCCGAGGAAGAAAUAUAUCUUCCUGACACCAUUGAUGUGGCGGCUGGACGGCAACAGCGAUCUACUGGCUGCUGUUAGAAGUGCUUUUGGUGGGUCACUUUGUUAUAGCUGGACCAGACCAUCACUCUCGCCUUCAAUCAGCUCACAGUAACAUAUUCUGAGGAAUUCUUGGACAAAAGCACUAUUUAUUUACACAAAUCUUGUUAAUGUUUUGGUGGGUUUUCUUCAUUGUUCCUUCCCUUGUACGAUUUCUCAUUUCUCCUUUGGCCAGAAGUCUAUUCCGUGUGUACUGAAAUUUGGUUUGUGCAGCACUCCAAUCUAACUGUUGGUAUGAUAUAAACGUUUUCUUA